GAAGAAAGGAACACGAGUUCUUUCUCUCUUCGCCAUUUGCCCAAUACAAUAUCUGAUUCUUGUAUUCGAUUCAAUUGAUUCAAUAUUGUUGUUGAAACGGAAUUCGAUUUCGUCUUCUUAGGGUUUUUGAGUAUAUAAAAUGGCUAAUUCUAAGAGAGAAUGGACGGACGAUGACCGAGAUGAUGUGCAGGAGGACGCGGAAGAAGAGACGAGCCUUGAUGAUUACAGAAUUGCCUCGUCUUCAAGGUUUGGUCUGACGGAGCGGCUGGAAGAUAUUCUUGUGGAGGAAGGCGAUGGUGAUUUGCUUCUACAGAGGAACGAUCGGGAGGAGAAUGUUUUACAGUAUCUUUUGGCUCUCGACUUACAGGUUGUCGGUGCUUGCCGUGCUGAUGAGAGGUUGAAUCCUUUGUUGAAGCUGCACGUCUCCGGCGGUGCCUCCGAGGAUUGCUUGUUAUCUCAUCUUAGUCGACACUUUGAGCCCUCCGAAGUCGGGAUGCUGGCCAGAUGUUUGUGUAUUCCUCUGGUUUCCAUACGAGUCGGAAAGAUAAACAAGCAAGGGGCACUUCUGUGCCCAACUGAAACAAGGGGGAAUUUGGAUCUGACCCUUCUGCCCACGUCUGAUUUACGGAUCACAUUUGUUGGGGAUGAUGGUAAGACAGAGAUAUUGACAACCAUAAAGAGAGCCUAUCCCUUUGCUGCAUCAUCAGUUGAAAAGAUCUCGUCCGACAACUCAGGACGGUCCUUCCUAAUAAAGAAGAUGAUACCAAAAGGAGAGGUUUCUUACUUUUGGUGCUCUGAGAAAUCAAAAGUUAUUGGAGACGAGUUGCUUAACGAGAUGAAGGAUUUGAUGGAAAAGAAGCCGUCUCUUGCCGAGCUGACAGGUAUAUGUGAAUCCCGCCUUGACCUGUUUGCGGCUCAUAUACGAGCUUAUGCUGUCGAGUCAACUGCAUUGAACUCCAAUCCCGAGACGACAUUACACGACGAAGAUGUUGGACCUUCUUAUCAUCCUGCACAGUCUCGAAAGCAGCAUAUUUAUCUCCACCAAGGUAGCCUAGGUCCUCGGUCAAGUUCUUUUAAGGAGUGUCAACCUAGAAACCUGUCGCCUAUUAGCAACGCUGCAAAAGAAAAGCUUAAGAGACAGUUUUCUAGUAGUAGUAUCAAUGCAUCAUCGUUCUUGGACACGAAAGUGGACAACAAUCAACCUGAAGCAGUUGAGGAAUCUGAAUCCGAUGCCCUCCCGUUUCUUACCACCCUAUCAUCACAGUUGCCGCCAAUACUGCCUACUAUAUUUUCUCCAAGCCAAUACACAAACUUAUCCUUUAUUGCAGCAGCUGCGGCAGCUUCAUCGUCAUCGUUUCUACCAUAUAAUAAUAAUAAUACAAUUGCAUCCCAACAGAUUCCGGUUUCCUUUACAGAGCCAUUUUCAUUGCCGCCUUUAUCUAGUUUACUGACACCUUCGGUUGAUGAAGGUGAAAAUAGACUAGUUCUGCCACAGGGAUUCUUCCCCACAUUACUUCCAGUAGUAGCAUCUGGGUCGCAGCAAAUUCCGCCUUUCACUCCUUUGAUAUGUGAUCCGAUCGUUCACAUCCCGGUUAUUGAUAUGUUAUGCUCAUCGGGAGGCCAAGGGUACAUUGUUAGCAGUGCAGGACCGCCGCCUCUGCACCAAAACUUGGCGGUGGAUCCUAAUGUGGAGAAAGGGGCUAGGGAGACUUUGCGGAUGCUGUUAAGUGGUGGUUCUGCACAAAGCAAACCGCAGUUGGUAGGUAUGUUUCCAGGUGGUCUGACCGAAAAAACAGACAAGAGGCAGAGUGUUGUUGGAUUGGGAAACAGGGGCCAUUACAACACUGGUGUUGAAGAUAUAAAUAUUAUAUCCAGUAGGAUAUCUGCAUUGGGAUUGGUUUCUUCUCUAUCGUUGUCUGAUCAAGCAGUUUGCUUUGGGAAAAGAUGGAAUGGUAGCGGUAGUAACCAUGAAUAUGAUCGUGUGUCGGAGAUGUCUGUGCCUGCUUACAUGGAGAAGGAAGAAGAAAGAAGCGAGAAUGGCUCGGGAUUGGAAGAGGAUACGGCUUGACUGACAUAUCAGUUGGUGUUGUCAUUUGUUUGUGUGUUUGUUUGUUUGGUGAUUUUUGGAAAUGUAAAUGUGUCUUUUGUCUGCAAGCAAGUUGUUCAUAAUAUGGCUGGCAGAGAGGUUAAAAAGUAGUAAUAGUAGUAGUGUCUCGAUCUUUUUUACUAAAGGAAAAUAGACAUAUAAAAAGCAUUGAACCUUAUCAAUCUAUAUAUAUUUUUUGUUACUGUUAUUUAUUAUAAUAUAUGCAUUGGUUCA